CAUGGAGAAUAGAAAAGAUGGCUGAUAUUGUGUCAUUAGUUUUGUUCCUGGCAAUACUAUUUCUUUGCGAAACGAAACAAUCGGCUUAAUCUUAACAAAAGUUUCCAUUAUUAAAGUAGAUUAAUUUUGAGUUUGCCUAAAAAAUGUUAAAUCGCAAACGUCGUGCGAGUUCGAUAUCAAGUAAGCAGGAUGAAGACCUUGGACAAUUAGAUGACUCUACUCCAGAGCACUCGCCGGUGAUGCAACCAACAUCUGCGGUGAUUAUUACUUCAGCUAGAAAAAAACGCAAGUUAGAUCCAACCGAAUUAUGUCAAAGUCUUUACGAUUCCAUACGAAAUCUGAAAAAAGAAGAUGGUUCCAUGCUGUGUGACACUUUUAUACGUGCGCCGAAGAGACGGCAAGAGCCUUCGUAUUAUGAUGUGGUCAAUAAUCCGAUCGAUUUGCUAAAGAUACAACAAAAAUUAAAAACAGAUGUUUACGAUGACUUGGACGAAUUAAUGCAAGACUUUGAAUUGUUAGUUAAAAAUGCAAAAGCUUUUUAUAAGCCUGAUUCCACAGAGUAUCAAGAUGCAGUCACCUUGUGGCAUUAUGUAGUGGCCAACAAGCAAAGGUUGAUGGAAUCUUUGGGCAUAGCAACGGAAGAGGAGCCAAAGCUUAAAAAAGGACCACGAAGCGCCCGGAGGCUAACCGCUACAGGAGAUGAAGAAUUAAAAGAUGACGAUAUGAACCCUUAUGAGGAGCUGUUUGCUUCUGUCAUGACUUCUGUGGAUACCAGUAUGAGUGACAGGCCUUUACAUCGUAUGUUUCUGUUGUUACCUAGCAAAAAGGUAUAUCCCGAUUAUUACGAUGUAAUUGAACAUCCUAUUGACUUAAGGUUAAUAGCCACCAAAAUUCAAACAAAUGCUUAUUCAAGUUUAAUAGAAAUGGAACGUGAUUUGCUUCAAAUGACCAAGAAUGCUUGUCAAUUUAACGAACCCGGCUCUCAGAUCUAUAAAGAUGCUAAGACUUUGAAGAAAAUCUUUACGCAAAAACGAAUUGAACUCGAUUCAGGCAAAACUAAAAUUAUGCGCAGGUCAAAGGGUCUAUCCAGUUCUGCAAUAGCUGCAUUAAAAGAAGAAGCAGAUAGUUCGGAUGACGAUGAGACCAGUAAAAAAGGCGAAGGCCCUAUGUGGGCUUUAUUUGAUCAUCUGUAUAACGCGCCUGGCCAUUCAGAGCACCCAGGGGCGACUGGUCCGCCUUUAGGUACCUCGUUAUGGAAAUUGCCUGUACGUAGGUUUCACCCGGAAUAUUUUGAAUUAAUAAAGCGUCCAAUUUCUAUGUGUCAAAUUCAUACAAAACUUAAUAAGGGUGAAUACGCCAACAUAAGCGACCUCACGGGAGAUUUGUAUUUAAUGUUGGACAAUGCCAAGAAAGCAUAUGCUGCUACACACCGAACUCAUAAAGACGCCGUCAAAAUGCUAAAGCUAAUGAAUGCUAAAUUAGUUGAAGAGUCCUUGGAUCAAGAAACCAGUGAAAUGGAAGAAGACGAAGAAGAUGAGGACGACGAAGAAGUCGAGCAUUUAACUGGUCCAGGCAGCACUGAGCCGCAGCCAGAGAAAAAGAAAAAAGGUAGGCCACGCCUUAAUCCAAUUCAGCAUAAUUCGGUUGGCAACACCACUCCUAUUACUUCAGCUACCAAUAUUUCACCAAAAUCUUCUCGAAUACCAAUAAAUGCUGCAUUAAAAAAGAAGAUCCUUAGUAUACAAAAGUACUUGGUCGACUACACCGUUAACAAUCGUCGUCCAAUAGAGUUAUUUAUGGAAAAACCACCUCGUAAAGUCUAUCCCGAUUAUUACGACAUAAUACAAAAUCCUAUCGACAUGAACACGAUUGAACAUAACAUUAAAACGGAUAAAUACAAGGAUUUGGAAGACGUGGUGGCCGAUUAUCGUCUAAUGUUUGCAAACUGCCGCCAAUACAACGAAGAAGGUUCGACCAUAUACGAAGAUGCUAACAUUUUAGAAAAAGCUUUGAAUGAAAAACUUAAGGAAUUUCCGGGUCUAAAUGAAAUUAAGAAACCUUUGCAGAAAUCAAACAAACUGGGUCGCCGUAGAGGCAAUCAUAUACCCGUAACUGAUAAGUUAUGGCAAUUUUAUGAAGCUAUACGUGAUUAUCAAGAACCUAAGGGUAAACGUCAACUCUCGCUAAUUUUUACAAAACUGCCAUCAAAAACGGAAUAUCCUGAUUAUUAUGACAUUAUCAAGGAUCCCAUGGAUAUGGAGCGAAUAGCUAAUAAAUUGAAACAGGCUUCGUAUGAGUCCGUAGAUGAAUUAGCAGCUGACUUUUUACUUAUGCUGGAAAAUGCCUGCAAAUAUAAUGAACCGGAUUCUCAAAUAUAUAAAGAUGCCUUGGUUCUGCAACAUCUAACUCUGCAAUUAAAACAAAAUUUGCGUAAUGAUCGAGAAUCUGUGCCGGAUGUUUCCCUGGCUGUUCAAGAGCUUUUGUUAACUCUCUUCACUUCACUGUAUAACCAUCAAGAUGAGGCAGGUCGCUGUUACUCCGACUCAUUGCAGGAAUUACCAGAAUAUGAUGAGCUGCCUGGUGAUCAAAAAGUUCGAGGUAUCUCUUUGGAUUUGGUCAAACGUAGGCUGGAUAAGGGUGUUUACAAACGGUUAGACGUCUUUCAGGAAGAUGUAUUCGCUUGUUUAGAACGUGCUCGUCGUUUGUCACGCACUGAUUCCGACGUUUUCCAAGAUUCCAUAGAAUUGCAGAUUUUCUUUAUUAAGAAACGCGAUGAAAUUUGCGCAGAUACCUUGAACUCGCCCGCCCUGAAUUACACGUUGGAUAAAAUGCUGUCUGAAGUCGAAAUUAUGAAGCAACAAAAAUUACCACAGGAGGAGCCUGAUCAAGAUCAAGAAGACAAGGAAGAUGUUGACACCGCUGCUAUGCACGGUGAAAGCAUGAUUAUCAAUCAAAAGGUGUUCUCCGCCGGCGAUUUCGUGUACUUUCAGCACAAUGAAAAUAAAAUUCCAAGCAUUGCAUACAUAGAACGUCUUUGGACUUCAGAAGACAAUAAUAAAAUGAUGCACGGUGCUGUAUUCUUAAGGCCACAUGAAACUUUUCACGUUACGACGCGUAAAUUUCUAGAAAAGGAAGUUUUUAAAAGCAGCGUAUCCCAAACCAUACCAAUGGAUCGUGUUCUCGGCAAAUGUUACAUCAUGCAUAUCAAGGACUAUAUUAAAAUGAAACCUGAAAAUUUUGAUGAAAAGGACGUAUUCGUGUGCGAAUCUCGUUAUAAUGUACGAGCUCGUAGCUUUAAAAAGUUCAAAAAUUGGCCUUUUGUCAGAGAAAAUGAUCCCAAUGUCAAAUUCAUAUUACGUGAGAAACCUGUUGAAAUAAAAAGAGUCAUGUCAGUCUUUAAGGAACGGAUAGAAAAACAUAAAGGUGAAUUAGAAGAGCUCAAAUUGCAAGAAGCGUUAAUUGAAAAGGAGAAACCCAAUGUCCCAUGUGAUCCGCCGUUCAAUCCAGAACCGAAUAGUGUGUAUUAUCAGCAAUACAAUACCAUCUGUAGCGGAGUGGUAAAGACAGGAGAUUUCGUCUAUGUGGCUACUCAGUCGGGCAAACAAUCUAUAGCCCAAAUCCAUCAGAUAUGGGAACAAAAUAAUAAAUCUUAUUUCAAAGGGCCCUGGCUUUUAGCACCCAAUGAAAUCACCCCACCUUUGCCGUCUCAACCACCGCUGGGUAAGCCUUUUUACCGCCAAGAACUUUUGGUUUCCACUGUGGAAGAAAUGACGCCUGUUAUAGCAAUCGUAGGACGUUGUGCCGUGCUCGAAUAUCAAGAAUAUAUCACUUGCCGUCCAACCGAAUUUCCGGAAUCUGACGUUUACAUUUGCGAAGCCGCCUAUGAUGAGUUGAAAAAAGCCUUACGAAAAUUUCAGUCUCCGGGUGGAAUUCUGAAGAAAUUCCUGCACAGUGCUGACGUUACUCAGGACGAAAUAUUCUUUUUUAAAGCAGUUAUUAAACCAAUCAAGGAAGGAAAAUGCUCAGAUUACACUGAAAGUUUGAUAAUGAUGGAGGACUCAUUGGACGGAAAUCCUCCCUCGGUAAAUUCUGACAUAGCCACUACGUCGUCGCCAGCACCUUCAGUUUCAUCUACCCCAUUGUCAUCAAAAAAACCCAAAACGACAAAGAAAAGUUUAACGGGUUACAUUUUAUAUUCUAGUGAAGUACGAAAGGGUAUAUGUACUGCUAAUCCGGACGCUUCUUUCGGAGAUAUAUCACGAAUGGUGGGUAAUGAAUGGAAAAACUUACCGGCUAGUGUGAAGCAAAACUGGGAAGACCGAGCUUCACGUAUCAAUGAAGAAUCUGCUGCUAGACGUGAGCUCGAUGAAACACUUAACUGUUCAAGUCCGGGGCCUAAUAAUGAACAACAAACAAGUCUCACCUACGAAUGCUUAUGGGAUAAAUGUGACUUUCAGUUCGAAGAUUCGGUUGAUUGCAUGGAGCACUGUUUGGCGGAUGGAACAGGCCAUGUGCAGCGCACAGCGCAAGCAAAUGAUUCAGAAUAUGUGUGCUUGUGGCGCAAUUGCAUUCGUGUAAGAAAGAAUAUGCAAGCAUUUCCGACUCUGCUGCGCCUUAUUAAACAUGUCCGCGAAGUGCAUUUGAGCAAACCGGGUAAAGUUGUGCAUCCAAACGAACGCAGCAAGAAUUUUGUGCCCCGCAAAGCUAAAGUGGGUGCAAUAAUUUCCCAACAGAUAACCACCAAUACCGGCAUAAAUGUUGCUCCUAAUUCUCUGUUGCCGAGAGGUGUAGUCGGAGGCACGCAAACAGAAGGCAAUCAAAUUCAGUUUCAACCGCAAGUGUUGGGACCACCACCAGAACCAAUGUUUGUAACUGUUCCUCCUAGGCCUCAAAGGGUUUUACACUCUGAGGCUUACAUCAAGUAUAUUUCGUCUUUGCAAGGCACGACCGCUCAGAUGAACGCUCAAAACUCGGCAAACUGGAAGCGAGCUCUUACCCCACUGACACCGUCUGCUAUUACCAAACCUCACACAAGUUUACCCUCACAAUGGUUAGGCAAAUAUGCCAAUACAAAUGGCGAAGAUGUGGUUAAAGCCUUGUGCCAUUUGCGAAAUUUUAUGAUGGAUGAUGUCCUGCAAAUACAACGCAAUUACUUCUAAGACAAUAAUUUGACUUCAUAAAAUCCCAUCAAUUUUUGUUAUACACCAAUACAUGUGCUAUCUACUGUUGGAUAUACAAGAAAAUUACUAAAAUAAAAUAAAUGAGCAAAGUUUAAUUCAGAACGGAUGAAGUUUCGCCUCUAUCGCCAAAAUAAUUUCUUAUGAUUACAAAACCGAAGACUGUUAAAUAUAUAUGUUCGAAAAUUUGUCUGUGGUCUCUCACAUUAGGAAUAUAUGCGCCAAAAUUUCGGCUUCACCAGUAUGUU